CUGGGAUCUAGCAAUGCCUUUUGCAGAGUUUGUCGCAGGAUGGAUUUCAGAACACACUGGCCUGUUCCAGAUCAUUCUGUAUCCGGACCUUCAAGCAAGACCUCUCCAGCAACAGAGCUCUUGGUCUUAUUGCCGGACACCCAUUUGAUACAGUUAAGGUUCGUUUACAGACUCAGUCCAGGUAUCAUGGGAUUAUGGACUGUAUAGUCAAAACUUACAAAGCGGAAACGGUCUUGGGAUUUUUUAAAGGUAUGAGCUUCCCCGUGAGCAGCGUGGCGAUCAGUAAUUCUUUAAUUUUCGGAUCCUACAGCAAUGCCCUGCUCUACCUAACAGACACAAAGUUUAAAGACUGGAAAAAACCACCACAGAAUUCUGAUAUUUACAUAGCUGGAUGCUUUUCAGGUCUAGUUCAGGUUUAUUUUACUGCACCUGUUGACCUUAUCAAGGUGAGGUUGCAGAACCAAACAGAAUCCACAAAGCGGAAACCAAAACCAGGUCAUCUACAGGCUCUUUAUAAAGGUCCAACUCAUUGCGCCAUUUGUGUCUUCCGGGAGGAAGGAAUUGUUGGUCUCUUCAGGGGAUCAUUUGCUUUAGCUUUACGAGAUGUUCCUACUAUGGGUAUAUAUUUCCUGACUUAUGAAGUCUUGUGUAAAUGGAUGACCAAAGAAGGGGAGGUACCAAGUGCAUGGACCAUGCUGUUUGCCGGAGGAUGUGCCGGCACUGUUGGAUGGGGUUUUGCCAACCCAAUGGAUGUAAUCAAAUCUCGCCUACAGAUGGAUGGGAUGCAGGGAGUUCAGUAUCGAGGGGUACUAGACUGUAUCAUCAAGAGUAUCAGGCAGGAAGGCGCUAAGGUGCUAUUGAAAGGUCUAACAAUUAAUAGCCUUCGAGCGUUCCCCGUUAAUGCUGUGACUUUUCUCAGCUAUGAAAUGCUACUCCAGGCCUGUAGGUGAAGUCAAGAGCAGCAAACAACUUAGAACGUUAUGUAUUGUUACAUCGUUGAUCAUCAUCCAGUACUCAUCAUCCAUCAACCAGUAAAUAAUGGGAAAUAUUUUUUAUCUGCCACAAUGUAACAAGAAUCACACACUAACAAAGGUUUAACUUCACAUGUGAUGAACUUGCCGAUAAUUAUAUCCCAUAAAAAGGAUAUAAAAUAGUCUGUUUCGUUGUUGCAAUAAAAACGCACUAAGAAGUGUUUUAUACUUAAUAGAAA